CUCACAUGAUACGUUCCGCCCUCACCUACGGAAGUCAGUGGCUUCUCCUCCCUGAUAGAGUCCCUUUUCGGUGACUUAAAAUAAAAUGAAAUACAUAUUAUUUUCUGUCGCCUGCUAAACUACCAGGAUCUGGGAACAUAAUUUUAAUAUUUCUACACUAAACAGUCCAGAAUGGCUCACAGUGCCAGGAGAGACUCCCCGGAGCUCCCAGACUUGUCUCUGCUGAAGAGGCUGGUCAGAGAUCAGCUCAUCUACCUGCUGGAACAGUUGCCGGGGAAGAAGGACCUGUUCAUUGAUUCGGACUUGAUGAGUCCACUGGAUCGAAUUGCAAAUGUUUCGAUAUUAAAGCAACAUGAAGUCGACAAACUUUACAAAGUGGAGUACAAACCUAUAAGCAGCAUCUCAGAUCAGCUCUGCUUUCUGAUUCGACCACGAAUACAAACCGUAAAGUGGAUUUGUGAUGUGGUCAAUGCAGACAAGGCAGCAGGAAAAUACAGACGAUACAAGAUCAUUUUCACCCCCCAAAAGUUCUACGCCUGUGAGGCGGUGCUGGAGGAGCAGGGCAUCUUUGGUGAUGUGACCACGGAUGAAUGGGCUUUCUACCUCCUUCCACUGGACGAUGACAUCAUCAGUCUGGAGCUUCCCGAGUUCUUCAGAGACAACUUCCUGGCAGGAGACCAGCGAUGGGUGAGAACUGCUGGCAGUGCUCUACACCUCCUUCACUCCCUCUUCGGGCCGUUCUCCAAGGUCUACGGGAUCGGACGUUGUUCUAAGAUGACCUACGAGUCGUGGCGGGAGCAGGUAGAAGAGGGAGAUCAAAAGCCUCGGCUGGCUGAAAUCGGGAAUGUUUUUCUCAUCGAUCGCGAUGUGGACUUUGUCACUCCCUUAUGCUCACAAGUCGUCUACGAGGGGCUGGUGGACGAUAUAUUUAGGAUCAAAUGUGGAUGCGUGGAGUUCGGAACCGAUGUCACCUCCUCUGACAAGAGUAUAAAAGUCAUGCUGAACUCCCAGGAUAAGGUGUUUAACGAAAUCCGAAACGAGCAUUUCUCCAACGUCUUCGGCUUCCUCAGCCAGAAAGCCAGGAACCUCCAGAUUGCGUAUGACAAGAGACAAGGGAUGGACAUAAAGCAGAUGAAGGCGUUUGUGUCUGAGGAGCUGAAGGGUUUAAAGCAGGAGCACCGGCUGCUUACCCUACACAUCAGCGCCAGCGAGUCGAUUAUGAAGAAGAAAACAAAGCAGGAUUUCCAGGAGCUGUUGAAGACCGAGCACUGUUUACUUGAAGGAUUUGAAAUCCGUGAAUGUGUUUCCUUCAUAGAGGAGCACAUCAACAGACAGGUCUCCAUGAUUGAAAGCCUCCGGCUGCUGUGCCUUCUGUCGGUCACGGAAAACGGACUCCUGCCGAAAGAUUUCAGGUCGUUAAAGGCGCAGUAUCUCCAGAGCUACGGAGCGGACCAUCUGCUCACGUUCUCCAACCUGAAGCAGCUGGGGCUGCUGGUGGAGCAGCAGCCGGGGGAGACGCUCACCGUUAUGGAGAGCAAAGUGGGCAAACUGGUCAAUGACAGGACUGCAGGAAAACUGACUGACGCCUUUUCUUCUCUGGCCAAGAAGAGCAAUUUUAGAGCCUUGAGUCGAAAGCUCAACCUGGUACCAAAGUCAGAUGAAGAAUAUGACCUACGCGUUCCUCGAGACAUGGCCUAUAUCUUCAGCGGCGCCUACGUCCCCCUAAGCUGCAAACUUAUUGAGCAGGUGUUGGAGCGAGACGGCUGGACGGGCCUGGAAGAAGUAACCAGGCUGAUAAAUGGGCAUGAGUUUGCUGUUACAGGCAGCAGCGGAGCUGAUUUUAAGCCUAAGAGCGACGCUCAGCGGAUCAUUCUGGUCAUGUUCCUCGGUGGAUGCACCUUCUCUGAGAUUUCAGCACUCCGUUUUCUGGGAAAAGAGAAAGGUUAUAAAUUCAUUGUGGUAACAACUGCAAUCACAAACAGUUCGAGGCUCCUGGAGGCUCUGCUGGACAACCACGUAUAAAGCCUGAGGACAUUGACUGGAAAAAGACACAUUCCUGCUGCCUCACGUCACACAUCCCUUUCAGCUCUGAAUGUUUGCUCAUGCUUUGUCACCUUCAUUAACAGAACUGUAAAAAAAUGUAUAAAGCGAAUAAAUGUGUGUUUUUUUUUAAA